AUGAACCUGCUCUCUGAGUACGGUCUUCUCGAUAAGAAUAUUCUUUUUUCCCACGUGAAUGGGAUCGCUGAAUCGGAUGCCCAAACACUCGUCAAGCAUGGAGCAUUCUUCUCCACUACUCCGGACACAGAGCUCCAGAUGGGCCUAGGCGGGAUCGUUGCUUUCCGUCCUGACGUUAAAUGCAACGCCUCAAUUGGCGUCGACUGUCACGCGAACAACUCCGGCGAUCUCCUAACACAGCUUCGAAUUGGAUUGCAGCAUUCGCGAGCCACCGAUAACAUAAAAGCAUUACAGGCAGGACAACAUCCUAGCGUGCAGGUCAAGCUAGAAGAGGUCUUUAACCUGGGAACUAUCCAGGGCGCCAAAGCUGUGAACAUGGAAGAUCAAAUUGGCAGUAUAGCUGUAGGAAAGCUGGCCGACUUAGUGAUUUUUGACUCGACCUCGCCGGGGAUGAUAUGUGCAGCUGAGGAAAAUCCUCUUGCUGCUCUUCUGCUGCACGCUAACGUGGGAGAUAUCGAGAUGGUGAUUGUGGAUGAGAUUCGGAAGGAAAGGAGGCAACUUGCCGAUGUGAAGACCUUGGAGAGUCCCGACGGACAGGCAGUCGAGUCAGUAGCUUGGGGAGAGGUGACGAGGAAGUUGCUUAAGAGUCGUGAGGAUGUCAAGAAACGAGGUCAGGGGCAGGAUCAACAAGCUGGGAUGCAGUUUUUGUUCAAAAGCUUUCUUUGA